UUUCUCCGCUUGGACCUCUGCCAAACUAGGAACUGAAAAUCUGUGGGCAAGAUCCCACAAAAACCUCUGAUCUGAUCGGAUUAUUUUUGAUCCUUUAUUUAAUUACUACUCCUGCUAUUUGGGGUUCCAAAACACACGAUUGUAUUAGGCAAUUCGGUGGGAUCAUGACUGUAUAUACACCACUUGCCAUUAUUUGGGAUUUCCCAACAGAGAAGAAAGCUGAAUCGGCAAUAAAGACCCAAUAACGAUUCCAAUCAAGAAAGCCCAAAAAAAAAUCCAAGAAGGACAAAUAUGCCACGGAAAGAAUACAAUUUGUAGUCAACUCCAUCACCAAACAUCUGGUUUAUUUUCACCCCUCCAAUUUACUAUUUCUUUCUCCUCCUACCUCACCGCAAUACAGUUUCUUGAUUUCUCUAGCUCUGUAAAUUCUUGCCCGCCUCUCUCUCUCUCUCUCUCUCUCUCUCAUACCAUACAAUGGACGAAAGCUCCACUUCAGAUGGAGGUGCACUUGUGGUUUGCUUCGGAGAAAUGUUGAUUGACUUUGUGCCAACAGUCAAUGGAGUUUCGCUUGCGGAGGCACCUGCUUUUAAAAAAGCUCCCGGUGGUGCUCCUGCUAAUGUUGCUGUUGGGAUAGCAAGACUUGGAGGAUCUUCAGCUUUUAUUGGCAAGGUAGGUGCCGAUGAAUUUGGGUACAUGUUGGCCAAUAUUUUGAAGCAAAACAAGGUCAACAAUUCUGGCAUGCGAUUCGAUCCCGCUGCAAGAACUGCUCUAGCAUUUGUUACACUUAGGGCUGAUGGCGAGCGUGAGUUUUUGUUUUUCCGUCACCCUAGUGCCGACAUGCUUCUUCGCGAAUCAGAGCUUGAUGUAAACCUUAUUAAGCAGGCUAGGAUUUUCAGCUACGGUUCAAUUAGUUUGAUUGAAGAACCAUGUAGGUCAGCUCAUCUGGCUGCAAUGGCUAUUGCCAAGGAGUCUGGUUGCUUCCUCUCUUAUGAUCCAAAUUUGAGAUUACCGUUGUGGCCCUCAGAAGAUGCUGCUCGGAAGGGCAUAAUGAGCAUAUGGGACCAAGCAGAUCUGAUAAAGAUAAGUGAGGAUGAAAUAUCAUUUUUGACGGGUGGUGAUGAUCCUUGUGAUGAUAAUGUGGUAUUGGAGAAGCUUUUUCACCCUAAUCUUAAGCUUUUGCUUGUAUCUGAAGGGUCUAAGGGUUGUCGAUACUACACCAAGCAAUUCAAGGGUAGAGUUCCAGGUAUUAAAGUUAAAGCCGUCGACACAACUGGUGCUGGUGAUGCAUUUGUUGGUGGGCUACUAUACAAUUUAGCUUGUGAUGUGAAUCUUUACCAGGAUGAGGAGCGGUUAAGAGAAGCUCUUCUUUUUGCAAAUGCUUGUGGCGCCCUCACCGUAACCGAAAAAGGAGCGAUUCCUGCCUUGCCAACAAAAGAGGCAGUCCUCAAACUAGUAGCAGAAGUCAAAUCAUGAGUGAAAAUUUUCAUUGCUUUUUUUUUUUUUUGGCCAAAAGGCAAGAAGUGUUAGUUGUUAGUCAUUAAUUGUUGCUAUUGAGGGUUGAACCAAGCCUUAAGCACUAGAGUAUUUGGUGCCUACCAUUGUGCCGCCACUCUCCUUGCAUAUUAUUGCUUUAAAUCUUGUUCUUUGUAUCUGUUUUCCGAUUGGCUAAUGUAAAUUUGGGCUCCCCUUACGGGAUAAAAGCGACCUCUUUCUUCUUCCA